AUGAAAGUCUCGAGCUCCAUUUUGCAGUCUGCAAGCAAAACGCUAGACAAGUAUGCUCAAUUCGUUCCGAAAUCCGGUGUCUUUCCCAAAGGCUACGAAGUCGCUUCCCUGGCAUCAGGCGUGAAGAAAAGUGGAGCCGUCGAUUUAGGUAUUAUCCGCAAUGUUAACAAGUCCCAAAAAUCUAGUGCAGCUGCGGUUUUCACCACCAACAGAUUUAAAGCUGCGCCUGUCCUAUUUUCUAAGAAGGUUCUGGAGACCGGUUCUGGCGAAGGCGUUGAUGCCAUCGUUGUGAAUUCGGGCUGUGCCAAUUCUGUAACUGGUGAACUCGGUAUGCAGGACGCAGGAAAAGUAGCUAAUCAAGUUAACAGACUUAUUGGAAGGAGCGACGGUACUCUUCUCAUGUCCACUGGUGUCAUUGGCCAAAGACUACAACUGGACAAAAUCUCCAAAGGUAUCGACACUAUAUUUCAGGAGCAGAAGUUUUCUGCCGACUUUGACGGUUGGCUGAAUCUCGCAAAAUCUAUCUGUACUACCGACACUUUCCCCAAACUAAUUACUUCCAAAUUCAAAUUAUCUGACGGAACAGAAUACACACUUACAGGGAUGUCCAAAGGUGCAGGUAUGAUUUGUCCUAACAUGGCUACGCUGCUAGGCUUCAUUGUUACAGAUCUCCCUAUUGAAACAACCGCUUUGCAAACAAUGUUGUCCGGUGCUGUGAACCGUUCUUUUAACUGUAUCUCAGUAGACGGUGAUAUGAGUACUAACGACACGAUUUGUAUGCUCGCCAAUGGUGCCAUUAACGCCACAAAAAUUGACGAAAACUCUGAGGAUUUCGCAAAAGUGAGUGCGCAAGUCACAGAGUUUGCCAAACAACUGGCUCAGUUGGUUGUGCGUGACGGUGAAGGUGCUACUAAGUUUGUUACGGUGAAUGUUAAGAACAGCGCUAAGUUUAAAGACGCAAAAAUUAUUGCGGAAACAAUUUCGAACAGCAUGUUGGUGAAGAGUGCCCUGUAUGGUCAAGAUGCUAAUUGGGGCAGAAUCUUGUGUGCUAUCGGUUACUCCAAGCUCGACAACUUGGCUUCCUUAGACGAGUCUAAGAUCAACGUAAGUUUCAUUGCCACGGAUACUUCCACACCCCGUGAACUCAAACUUGUCUCCAAUGGCGUCCCGCAAUUCGACAUCGAUGAGGCAAGAGCCUCUGAAAUCUUGAGUUUACCAGAUCUUGAAAUUUUGGUCGAUUUGGGUACAGGCUCUGAAGAGUGUCAAUUUUGGACUUGUGACUUGAGUCAUGAGUAUGUGACUAUCAAUGGUGAUUACCGUUCCUGA